CACUGUGCUUGGACAGCGCUCUGCUUCUCGCGACUUCAAUUGCAGUCUCAAACACAAGGCCUUUGCCGCCUUCACCCAACUCCGACCACUCGUGCGUCAGAUUCUACCAAGCCACACCAGGGAUCCUCUUAUUUGUGUGGUAUACAUCGAUUGCACAUUCCUAGAACCUUCCUCGCAGAAACCACAUCAUGAAAUAUUCAACGUUUGUGGCGGCGCAAUUGGCGUCGUCGACUGUAGCAGUAAGGCUUGCACCGCGAGAGAACCCAAGAGUAGUGCGUCUAGACACCCAGCGCCGGAAUGUCAACCCCAUCGCCCACGACCAGCUCCGAAGACGGCAAAACGUUGUCCAGCAAACGCUUGACAACCUCGAGACACUCUACUUCGCGAACGCCAGCUUAGGCACCCCCGAACAAAACUUCCGCCUCCACAUCGACACUGGUAGCAGCGAUCUCUGGGUCAACUCGGUCAACUCGAACCUGUGUAGCCAAGGGGGCAACCAGUGCGGCGAAUCGGGUACAUAUAACGCGAACGACUCUUCGACAUACAACUACGUCAACGGCGCAUUCAACAUUUCAUACGUGGAUGGGUCAGGCGCAUCAGGAGACUACGCGACAGACAACUUCCGCCUCGGCGGCCAAACAGUAGAAGACCUGCAGUUCGGUAUCGGCUACGUAUCGAGCUCACCGGAGGGAAUCCUCGGAAUAGGCUACACCAUAAACGAGGUUGCUGUAGGACGCGCAGGAUUAGAACCAUACCCCAACUUGCCUCAAAAGCUAAAGGACGACGGUACUAUCAACUCAAACGCAUACUCUCUAUGGUUGAACGACCUGGAUGCAUCGACCGGAAGCAUUCUUUUUGGUGGCGUAGACACCGACAAGUAUUCGGGUGAACUACAGACACUACCAAUCAUCCCAGAGCGUGGACAGUAUGCCGAGUUCAUUAUCGCUCUGACUGGCAUGGGGCAGAACGGCAAGAACGGUUCUAUCUUCAAGGAUUCCAACGUACCGGUCCUGCUUGACUCAGGGUCGUCCUUGAUGUAUCUUCCCGAUAACGUCGCGAGCUCUCUGUACCAAGCCUUCGGCGCCCAGUACCGUCCCUCGCAGGGCGCAGCCACUGUUGACUGCGACCUUGCAAACCAGGAAGGCUCGCUUGAAUUCGACUUCUCUGGUGUCACAAUCUCUGUCCCACUCAACGAGCUUGUCAUAGUCGCUGCUGUUAGUCGUGGGCAGCCUGUUUGUAUUCUCGGUAUUGCACCAGCGGGUUCCUCUGUCGCUGUUCUGGGCGAUACUUUCCUACGAUCCGCAUACGUUGUCUACGAUCUUGAGAACAACGAAAUCUCCCUUGCCCAAACAAACUUCAACGCCACCUCAGAAAACGUCCAGGAAAUCCAAGAAGGCUCUGACGGCGUACCCAAUGCCACAGGUGUUGCCAAUGCGGUAUCUACUGCUGCUGUUGGCACCGGUGGACCCAGGAUCGAGGGCCCCAACAUAACUGGCGGCGGUGGAAUUAUGACCUCUACCGGCGCUGCUAUGCCGGCCGCAACUGCAAACCCAUGGGUUGGCGGUGCUGCGGUCGCUGGUGCGGGCAUCCUUAUGGGCUUCAAUGGCUUCUGAUGUACGGACUACAAUUUUCCUAAAACCUGUCCAGCGUAAUGAACUUCUUUUUUACAUAUGCACACGUGCAUCGUUGGCGUUAUCAAGAGUGGCAUGGAUUACAACCUCUCGGUUAAGGGAUUUGCAUACUCAUAAACUACCUGGAAGUAGGUCUUUUGCUUACAUAAUUGCAUAGCAUACUUCAUGAAUAUUAUUAACGUCUAUUGCAUCUCUCCUCAAAUCGUUCAUGAGUAGUAAUCGUGAUUCCGGCGACGUCGCGCUGAACUAGAUGGUGACGACACCCGCAGGCCUGACAGGACGCGUA